UCGCUCGUUCAGCGAGGAGACGUAAAGAACGUGAAGGAGCAGCUGGGAGCAGCGUGGACAUGGAGGACGCUCUGCUGUGGGUUGUGGGUGUGCUGUUACUCCUGUUCUGCACUCUGGAUGUGUGGUAUUACCUACGAGCCGUGUUGGUGGUGACCAAAGCCUGGUUCCUCUCACCUGUGUUUGACGUGACCGGAGAGCAGACGGCCAGCGGACGCGUGGUUCUCAAUGAUAUAGAUCUGUGCCACAUGAACAACGCUCGAUACCUGCGUGAGUGCGACUUCGCCAGAUUGUCUUUGUACACCCGUAAUGGAGUCUUCAAGGCUUUGAGGGCACUCGGGGCCACAGCGGUGGUCGGAGCGACUACCAUCCGCUACAGACGGCCUCUGUGUGUCGGUGAGGCAUUUGAGCUGCGCAGUCGAAUCGUCAGCUGGGAUGAGAAAUCCUUUUAUCUGGAACAGCGCUUCGUGUCUUGUAAAGAUGGGAUGGUCUCGGCUGUUAUGUUCUGCAAGCAGAAUGUUCUGCGCAGCACUCCAGACAAGAUCCUGCAAUACCUGUGCAAGAGAAAGGUUGAAGUGCCAGAAUUUCCUGAAGACCUGCAGCACUGGAUCAAUUUCAUCUCGGCCAGCAGUAAAGCCCUGAGGGGGGAAAGCCAGCUCCAUGAUAAAAAGAGCCAAUGAAGACUCGCUGCCUUAAAUGAACUCAAACACGCUGCUUUACAAAACAGCAACAUGUAUUCAACUCUCAGGUGUUUGGACACUCCAGAGCACAAUAGUAAUCUGACUUCUGCUGUAGUUCAGAAACCUGGGUCAUGCCACAUUAUGAUUUGUGCAGAUUGUAAGAUUAUGAAUAGCCAUAAAUAUAUGCUUAAAAUCAAUGCACUCACAAAUGAUUUUUUAAUUUGCUUUUCAGCAUUAACAAAGCAAAAAUAAGAACAAAUAAUAAUAAUUAAUAAUACAUAAAUAUGAUGCAUAAUACAAAAUAUACAUAUCAAAAUAUUUAAUAAUUAAAUUAAAAUAAAAUAUAGUAAAAUAUAAUGUUAAUAAAAUAUAGUGACACUAUUAUUAAUUAGUUUACAUUACUUUGUCAUCUUUUUGGUGCAGUGGGUAGCAUAAUCGCCUCACAGCGUGGGUUUCCUUCGGGUGCUUCUGUUUCUCCCACAGGCCAAAGACAUGCGCUAUAGGUGAAUUGCGUGAGCUAAAUUGGUCGUAGUGUAUGUGUGUGAAUGAGUGUAUGGGUGUUUCCCAGUGUUGGGUUGCAGCUGGAA